GUCUCAGCGAAGCGUUGAGUGAGCUGAGUGAGUUUGAGGCCUAUAGAAGCUCCAGCAGCUCCAAUAACAGGCAAAGCACUCUGUCCAUAGAUGACGAUCCCUGCGAAAUCCGCGAUGUUUGGGGCUGCAAUCGAGGUAGAGUUCUGCACCAUCAGGCGCCUGGUCCAAAGGUACAACUACAUCGCAAUGGAUACUGAGUUCCAUUGCGUCAUAGCGCAGCACGUACGAAAGUUCAAGAGCCUCAUCGACUAUCAAUAUCAAGCGCUGCGUUGCAACGUGGACUCUUUCAAGAUUAUCCAGGCGGGUCUCAGUUUUUUUGACAAGAACGGCAACAAGCCGGAAGGCCUUUCCACCUGGCAAUUCAACUUCAAGUUCUGCUUGUCGAGAGACGUGUUCGCGCAAGACUCGAUCAACUUCCUAGUGAGGGCUGGUGUAAUGUUUCGCAGGCAUAAAGAGGAAGGCAUUGAGGAGUUUGAGUUUGCCCAGUUACUCAUGACUUCAGGACUUGUUUUCUCUGACGAAGUUAAGUGGCUCACUUUUCACAGCCACGACUUCGGUUACAUGUUGAAGACACUGACCGGAGGGAGCCUGCCCAUAUCUGAGGCAGAUUUCUUUGAGACGCCAAAGUUGUAUUUUCCAUCUAUUUACGAUGUCAAGUACCUAAUGAAGGGUUGCAGAAACCUCAGGGGAGGCUUGCAGGAAGUGGCUGGGCAGCUCCAGAUACGGCAGUCAAACGUUCCAAGUUCACGCAAAUUGAGGUCUUCCCGUCUCCAGGAACAUCGUGAACUAUCUUAUAGAGGCCUGCUCUUACUAGACUAUCGCUCGUGGCGUAUACCCACAAACGGGACUUACCUUUGCAAACCUUUUCGUUCUCGUUACGAAUAGAUAUAUUUUGUUUUGCUACAUGUUUUAUCAGCUGUUGUUUUCAUAUGUACUUUUGUCAUCUUGUUAUUAAAACUUUUCCCUGCUGUGUACUUCGUAUGUCAUCCCACUGUCGUU